UUCAAUUUUCAUAUCCACAAAUUACUCAGUCAUCAUGGUUUCAAGUGGCGUCCAAGUCCUGGGCACAACCUUUAGCCCAUUCGUGAACCGAGUUCGAAUCUCUCUGAAUCUCAAAUCUGUUAAUUUCGAGCUCAUUGAGGAGAAUUUGGCUGCCAAGAGUGAUCUUCUCCUCAAAUCCAACCCUGUUCAUAAGAAAGUUCCGGUCCUGAUUCAUGAUGGCAAGUGCAUUUCUGAAUCCCUUGUCAUUGUUGAAUAUAUUGAUGAGAAGUGGAGUGGUGAUGAUGGUGUCUCGAUUCUCCCAUCUGAUCCUUAUGAUCGUGCUGUUGCGCGAUUCUGGGCUGCGUAUUUUGAUGACAAGGUGGUUCCAGUGCUCUUCAAGCUGAGUUUUGGUCCAGAGAGCGAAAGGGUGGCGUUGAUAGAGCAGCUAGCUGAAGGAUUGGUGCCGCUGGAGGAGGCUUUCAUGACAUGUAGCAAAGGGAAGAGCUACUUCGGGGGAGAUAACAUUGGUUACACUGAUAUUGCUCUUGGAAGCUUCAUUGGAUGGAUCAAGGCAAUCGAGAAAAUGAGUGGCAUCAAGGUUCUGGCUGAGGCCAAAACACCGGGCCUCGUCGGAUGGGUGAACAAGUUUCUGUCGACUGAUGCUGCUAAGAAAUUUGUUCCGGAGCUUGAAGUGUAUGUUGAGCUUCUUAAGAAGAUGCAGGCUUGAGCCUGAGCUGCAUAAAGGAACUGAGAGUGUCUCUUUGAUUCAAUAAGAGUGACUUG